AACCACUUCCAUGAUCAAGUCCACCCCUAAGACGCAUUCACGAGACAAGGUCUUACCAAUAAUUUGACGACUGCGUGGCUCUCUUCAUAUCCACGAUGUCCGGCCAAUCGAAAGAGAAGAAACAACAGUCUCUUACCAAUUUCUUCGCCCCGAAGACCGUUAAUGGCCUGUCCGCGUCUCUCCGAAAGUCACAGGCCGAAGAUGCCGACGUUCCUAGCAAGACCCCUGAAAGCUCUCGCAAGCGACCGCUCCAAGAAGAUACCGACAACGGAAACGAUAUUCCGCUAAGGAAGAGACCGAAAGGUAAAGAAGUAGAGAAUAAGGAUGGCGAUAUAGAAGGGCCGGCCCUGGAGUCACCUACUCUAGCUCUAAGUAGACCGGCCACACGUACGGAACGCUACCUUUACAACAAAUCGAGCUCCCACGAUGAUGCGUCGAAUGAUGACGAAGAACCCAGUGCCGCCGAAAAGCGGAAGAAGGAAGAGCUGCACCGGAAAUUUGUACAGAAACUUGGCCGACCGGAUAGCCUGGCAUAUGGUCGGCAUCGAAGUGGCAAGGAAGAUGAUACGCAAGCUAUGGACGAGGACGCAGAAGAUGGCGAAGAGGAAGAACCGCCACCACCGCCUACGAAGGGGAAAAAGAAGGGCGCUAAGACGGGGAAGCUCACACCCAUGGAGAUCCAGUUCCUCGACAUCAAGAGGAAGCAUAUGGACACCAUAUUGAUCGUCGAGGUCGGAUACAAGUUCAAGUUCUUUGGUGAAGACGCCCGUGUUGCUGCUAAAGAGCUUAGCAUUGUAUGUAUACCCGGAAAAUUCCGCUACGACGAGCAUCCAUCCGAAGCACAUCUCGACAGAUUUGCUUCUGCCAGUAUCCCUGUGCAUCGACUACCAGUCCACGCCAAGCGUUUAGUAGCAGCUGGUCACAAAGUUGGUGUUGUCCGCCAAGUCGAGACUGCAGCAUUAAAGAAAGUUGGAGAUAAUCGCAAUGCUCCCUUUACAAGGCAGCUCACAAAUGUCUAUACUAAGGGCACCUAUGUCGACGAGAUUGGCGAGUUGGACCAAGGUACUUCAGGGGCCCCGGCAGGUGGAUACCUGCUCUGCCUAACAGAAACGAAGGCUAAGGGCUGGGGUACCGAUGAAAAAGUCGAUGUUGGUAUAAUCGCAGUACAGCCUGCCACAGGUGAUAUUAUUUACGAUAAUUUCGAGGAUGGCUUCAUGCGAAGCGAAAUCGAAACGAGGUUGCUGCAUAUCUCGCCAUGCGAGUUUCUCAUCGUCGGUGAGCUCUCUAAGGCCACGGACAAACUGCUUAAGCAUCUGUCCGGCAGUGCCACCAACGUCUUCGGCGACAGGAGUCGGGUCGAAAGAAUCCCCAAGUCUAAGACCAUUGCCGCCGAAGCAUAUUCCCAUGUUGCACAAUUUUACUCUGCCAAACUCAAGGAGGCUUCUGAUGGUAGCAACGAUCAAGCGAGUGCGCUCUUAGACAAGGUUCUGAAGUUGCCCGAGCCUGUUACGAUUUGCCUAUCCUCAAUGAUUAAACACCUGACGGAGUACGGUCUAGAGCACAUAUUCGACCUUACCAAAUACUUCCAAUCCUUUAGUGCUCGUCAGCACAUGCUAAUAAAUGGGACCACAUUGGAGAGUCUAGAGGUAUAUCGGAAUUCGACCGACCACACCGAAAAGGGCAGCCUCUUCUGGGCACUCGACAAGACUGUGACCCGUUUCGGGCAGAGACUUCUACGUAAGUGGAUCGGUCGACCUCUCCUAGACAAAGAGCGUCUUGAAGAGCGGGUAACCGCUGUCGAGGAGCUCGUAGAGAAUGCUUCGACUGCCAAAGUUGACCAACUAGAACGCCUAUUGAAGAAUACCAAGACGGAUCUGGAGAGGAGUUUAAUCCGCAUAUACUAUGGAAAAUGCACACGCCCCGAGCUUCUAUCAGUUCUGCAGACACUACAGAGAAUAGCAAUGGAAUUUGCGCGAGUGAAGUCGGCUGAGGAUACAGGUUUCAAGGCAGAGGCAAUAAGCAAGGCCAUUACUUCACUACCACUAAUCCUACCCACCGUUCUGUCAUACCUCGACCGCAUCAACGCAGAUGCUGCGCGUAGGGACGAUAAAUACACAUUCUUCCGAGAGAGCGAAGAGACGGACGACAUCACCGAGCACAAGCUAGGCAUCGCAUCGGUGGAGCAAGAGCUCGACGCCCACCGCAAGGUAGCCGCUCAGACGCUCGGGAAGAAAACCCCCGUGCCCUACGUCACCGUCGCCGGCAUCGAGUACCUCGUAGAAGUGCCCAAUGCCGACCUCAAGCGCGUCCCCGCCUCCUGGCUCAAGAUCAGCGGCACCAAGAAGCUCUCGCGUUUCCACACCCCCGAGGUCGUGCGCCUGAUAUCGGAGCGCGACCAACACAAGGAGGCCCUCUCAGCGGCCUGCGACACCGCCUUCUCAUCCCUUCUCGAGAGCAUCGCCGCAGACUACCAGCCCCUCCGCGACGCCGUCUCCUCUCUCGCCACUCUAGACUGUCUCCUCUCCCUCUCCAAGGUCGCCGCCCUGCCAGGAUACUCCAAGCCCACCUUCCUCCCCUCGGACACGCCCCCCACCAUCUCCAUAACAGGCGGCCGGCACCCUAUCGCCGAGCAGACGCUAACCACGUCCUACAUCCCCUUCAGCACAUCCCUCACCUCCCCGUCUCCCCUCGCCCACCUAAUCACCGGCCCGAACAUGGGCGGCAAAUCCUCCUUCGUCCGCGCCGUCGCGCUUCUCGUGCUGCUAGCCCAGAUCGGCUCCUUCGUGCCGGCCGACUCAUUCACGCUGACGCUCGCCGACGCGAUAUACACGCGCAUGGGCGCGCGCGACAACCUGUUCGCGGGGGAGUCGACCUUCAUGGUCGAGGUGAGCGAGACGGCCCGCAUCCUGCGCGCCGCGACCCCGCGCUCCCUCGUCGUCCUCGACGAGCUCGGCCGCGGCACCAGCACCCACGACGGCGCCGCCAUCGCCCACGCCGUCCUCGAGCACGUCGUCGCCGACACCAGGUGCCUCACCCUCUUCAUCACCCACUACCAGAACCUCGCCCGCGUCGCCGACGGCCUCGCCGGCCGCUGCAGGAACGUGCACAUGCGCUUCACCGCCGCUAGGCGCGACGGCGCCGCCGACGGGGACGGCGACGAAGAUGACGAGGAGAUCACCUUCCUCUACGAGGUGGGCGAGGGCGUCGCUCACAGGUCCUACGGCUUGAACGUGGCGAGGCUGGCGCGCAUUCCGCGCAAGGUGUUGGACGUGGCGGCGAAGAAGUCCAGGGAACUCGAGGAGACCAUCAAGAUGCGCAGGCUAAACGGUACGACGAGGCUCCUAGCCGACGUGUUAGAAAAUAGCUCUGAUCAGCUAGAGCACCUUAUAUCGAGCAUCGAACAGUUGUAGGCUCGAUUAAGUUACACACACCUGUAAUAAAUACCCCUGUUUUACGAAGAAGUUCAAUGCAAUUGAUAUAAUAGAACGCAGCGCAAGCCUAGAUAAUAGCCAUGAACUAAUUCCGAUCCAUCUAUGACCGAUUCAGCGUCGCAUACCCUUCCU